AGUCUGGACAGUUCUAGACGGUACAGUCUUGCUACAUGAUCUGAGAAAUGGCUGUAGGAAACAACACUCAACGAAGUUAUUCCAUCAUCCCAUGUUUUAUAUUUGUUGAGCUUGUCAUCAUGGCUGGGACAGUGCUGCUUGCCUACUACUUCGAAUGCACUGACACUUUUCAGGUGCAUAUUCAAGGAUUCUUCUGUCAGGAUGGAGAUUUAAUGAAGCCUUACCCAGGGACAGAGGAAGAGAGCUUCAUCACCCCUCUGGUGCUCUAUUGCGUGCUGGCUGCCACCCCAACUGCAAUUAUUUUUAUUGGUGAGAUAUCCAUGUAUUUCAUAAAGUCAACAAGGGAAUCCCUGAUGGCCCAGGAGAAAACAAUUCUGACUGGAGAAUGCUGUUACCUGAACCCCUUAGUCCGAAGGAUCAUCAGAUUCAUAGGUGUGUUUGCAUUUGGACUUUUUGCUACUGACAUUUUUGUAAACGCCGGACAAGUGGUCACUGGGCACCUAACACCAUACUUCCUGACAGUGUGCAAGCCGAACUACACCAGUACAGACUGCGGGGUGCACCACCAGUUCAUAAACAAUGGGAACAUUUGUACGGGGGACCUGGAAGUAAUAGAAAAGGCUCGGAGAUCCUUUCCUUCCAAACAUGCCGCUCUGAGCAUUUACUCCGCCUUAUACGCCACGAUGUACAUCACAAGCACAAUCAAGACGAAGAGCAGUCGACUGGCCAAGCCAGUGCUGUGCCUCGGGACCCUCUGCACAGCUUUCCUGACGGGCCUCAACCGGGUUUCAGAGUACCGGAACCACUGCUCAGACGUGAUCGCGGGCUUCAUCCUGGGCACUGCGGUGGCCCUGUUUCUGGGAAUGUGUGUGGUUCAUAACUUCAAAGGAACACAAGGAUCUCCUUCCAAACCUAAACCCGAGGAUCCCCGUGGAGUACCCCUAAUGGCUUUCCCAAGGAUAGAAAGCCCUCUGGAAACCUUAAGUGCUCAGAAUCACUCCGCCUCCAUGACUGAAGUCACCUGAGCUGAUCGAUGUGACACAAGCUGGGUUUUUUUUUUUUUUUUUUAACCACCUUCCAAUUCAAAACUUCAAAACACACAGUUACU